UUGCAAGGUCCUUAUAUCUUAAGAUAUAGUUUAGUGUUUUGCCAUGUAAUUGUUUGGCUUGUUUGUUUGUUUUCAGUAUUACACAUUGUUACAACAGUGCAUGGCUAGUGCAUGACAUUUGAAGCCUCGGUAACAGAGAAGUCAAAUAUUCCUCAGCAUUUGUACAAGGCUUCUGUCUUCAGAGAACUUCUGUAAUCUUAACAUAUAUAGAUGAAGUGUGUCAAAUUUAGUUCUGCUGCAUUUUGCUGAUCAAGUGGGAUGAAUCAGGCUGUGUUUUGGAGGGUAGCAUGCAUACCUCGGUACUUUGUUUAACAUUGAUUUCCUUUCUAUGCGAGAUUCUUUCUUGGAGAAAACAGGUAAUAGAAAACAAAAAAGGCAAAGAAUACAGAUAUAUAAAUGCAAAGCAUACAGAAAUAAGCAAUUUUAUCUUUUUUUUUUUUUUCGUAAUUCUUUAAACCUGAAGUUUUUUUUCUUGUCUCAGUAAAAUUAUUUUGACUUCUUCUGCUUCCUUACAUAAUUUGGAGGACUAGAGAUAGGUUCCUCCUCAAGUUUCACCCACGUUUCAUACAUAGAAGUGGCAGGAGAUGCCUCAUCUUACAGAAUACCUUCUCCUCUUGAUAAUGUCUCAUAAAUUACUCUUACCUGUCCUGGAGGAUGAUGAUAUAAAGCACUUAGACAUCUCCACUAGAGGUUUUCUAUAGAGGCUCCAAUUUGUACGCCUUUUCCUGUCCCUUCCACUGCAGAAGUGGAAAUUCUUACCAGGAUUGAUUGAGUUCUAGUUACAUUCUUGGAAAGGAAACCUACAUUGUUCUUAGUUAUGGAUGCUAAUUAUGGCAUGCUUCUCUACCUGCUCUUUCCUGUUCUGUCUCUUCCCCUCUGAUCUUUUCCCUUUUUCCCAUCUUUAAUGUUCUCCUUCAGCACACUUGGUUUCCAGAUAAUAUUGGACAGAUACAAUCCUUGUGUCAUAAUUUCUGAAUAGUAACUUUCAAAGCUCUAAUCAAGUUCAAACAAACUUGAUAGAGGCGGGACAGAAGUCUCAAAGAAAAAUCAAGUUUCUACAGUCUUACUGCUAAGGCACAGUUAGGUGGAUGAGGCCUACAUUAUCUCUUCCCUGAUUUGUUGGACUUCAGCUUUCAUUUGUUGCAGCUAUGCAUGCAUCCUAGAAAGGUAUCUCCUGCCCAUACACAGUGUGAGCCAUUAACAUCAGUUUUAAUGGUCUGAUUCAAAAUCCUUUUCUUUUGACUAGAAGGAAAUGAGUGGAGAUUCAUUCUGAUCAGAAAAAUCUCAUGUAAAUCUUAAGCCUAUUAUUUCCUACUAAGUAGUGGCAUGUCUUUAUGUACCUAUCUUACUGACUUCAUCCUGUUUAGGUGCUGUAAACUCUCAAGAGGUGCUCAGCUUUUGUAGUCUCCCAAAAAGUUCUGUGAUAACUACAGCAGUUUCUAAAAUAGAAGAGCUUAAUAAAUAGAUUUCAUUUCUGGUUUGUUUUUUGGUUUUUAUAAGCUGCUUUUGUUCUCUCCAUUGCUUUUAUCUUGUAUGCUACACAGAGUACUUCUCUACAUAUUUCUCUACUUCCUACUCCAGUGUGCACUCUUUCCUGGUUCAUCAAAAAAUCUCUUUCACUGUACUCAUUAUCCACAUACGUAGUAUAAGUACACUAACCAGCUUCUUGCCUAUGAUGGCUUCUUUUGCUGUUUUGUUGGAGACAACAAGUUUUGUUGUCUCCUUCAAGAAUAUCAUCACAUAGUAAUAGAAGGAAAGCUAGCUAAGGACACUUGGACUGGACAGUCAUUGUUGGGGAGGUGAGACAAAGAGCCAUAUAGCAAAGUAGCUGGGAUGCACCCUUGGGAAUCAGUGUUGUUGCCUCUCCUCAGUGCCUCUGAAUAGUUACGGCUGAGACAUGCAAUGUUUUAUACUGCAGCAGAAGCAGCAGAAACUAGUUUUCACGUCAAGUGAGGUGCUUACAAACACAGUGACUAAAAGUAAGAUUAUUUUAAAUAAACCAGGGAAUUACUGGCUUUCAUUUUGACGUUUUAGACCAGUUUUAAACAGCAUGUGUUCUUUCUUCUCUUAGUAUAAUACGUAAAAAUAACUAUAUACGUACACGUGUAAUGCAUAUUUUUCAUAUAUACAUAUGUAUAUAUGUAUCUAAAUUGUCAAUUUUAACCCAAGAUCUCGCGUGAUAUAUUUUGGGUCUAAGUUUCAGAUACUUUUGUAGGUAUUCAAAGCAGUUUCUUUGGAGUUUGUACGUCCCAGCUUUCCCUUACUUCCCUGCGUACUUCGUCCUGUUCCCUCUUUACAUGUGGAAUUAGGAACUUCUGAGAUCUGCUCAGCACUCAGACAAAUGACGUAGAAGUGUAGCAGGUACCACGUUCCGGACGCCGAGGUCUGGUUUCGCGCCUGCACUUCACUUCCGUGGGAAGGCGGGAGCCUCCCCACUCACUGCCGGGCGCUGUCCCAGGGGGCUGGGCCGGGCCCGGGGCGCCCCUUCGCCCCUCGCCUGUCUCAUUUGCUGGAGGCUCCCGGCAGUGUGGGACGCACCGGGGAGAGGCGGACGGCGGCGCCGGCGGCCCAGAGACGGCCCGGGCGGGCGGAGCCGUGCCCGGCACUAGGACCCAGCAGGACGCGAGGCGGCUCUUCGGUCCGGAUCACAAAUUCGUCGUGACUCAGUCGCUGCUCGGCGCGGAGGCAGCGGGAACAGGUCGGUGUCCUACGUCUAUCCGGCAGCUGCUGGGACAGCCAAGAUGGAGUACGAGUGGAAGCCCGACGAGCAGGGGCUCCAGCAGAUCUUGCAGCUGCUCAAGGAGUCCCAGUCCCCGGACACCACGACGCAGAGAGCCGUGCAACAAAAACUAGAACAACUCAAUCAGUAUCCAGAUUUCAACAACUACCUGAUUUUCGUUCUUACAAAGUUGAAGUCUGAAGAUGAGCCAACACGUUCCUUGAGUGGUCUUAUCUUGAAGAAUAAUGUAAAAGCACAUUUUCACAACUUUCCGAAUGGGGUAACUGACUUCAUUAAAAGUGAAUGUCUGAACAACAUUGGUGAUUCCUCCCCCUUAAUUAGAGCUACUGUAGGCAUUCUGAUAACAACCAUUGCCUCAAAAGGGGAGUUACAAAAUUGGCCUGAACUCUUGCCAAAGCUUUGUAGCCUAUUGGAUUCCGAAGAUUACAAUACCUGCGAGGGCGCUUUUGGUGCUCUUCAAAAGAUAUGUGAAGAUUCUGCUGAAAUUUUAGAUAGUGAUGUGUUGGACAGGCCACUCAAUAUCAUGAUACCGAAGUUCUUGCAGUUCUUCAAGCACAGCAGUCCAAAAAUACGGUCUCAUGCAGUGGCAUGUGUCAAUCAAUUUAUCAUCAGCAGAACUCAAGCUCUUAUGUUGCACAUAGAUUCUUUUAUUGAGAAUCUUUUUGCACUGGCUGGCGAUGAGGAGCCUGAAGUACGCAAAAAUGUUUGCCGUGCUCUGGUAAUGUUGCUGGAAGUUCGGAUGGAUCGCCUUCUUCCUCAUAUGAUUAGUAUAGUUGAGUACAUGCUUCAAAGGACCCAGGACCAAGAUGAAAAUGUGGCUUUGGAGGCAUGUGAAUUUUGGCUGACUUUGGCUGAACAGCCAAUUUGUAAAGAGGUAUUAUGUCGGCAUCUUACUAAGCUGAUACCUGUGCUGGUAAACGGUAUGAAAUAUUCAGAGAUUGAUAUUAUUCUGUUGAAGGGGGAUGUUGAAGAAGACGAAGCUAUUCCAGAUAGUGAGCAGGAUAUAAGGCCUCGUUUUCAUCGUUCGAAGACAGUAGCUCAGCAACAUGAAGAAGAUGGUAUUGAAGAUGAUGACGAUGAUGAUGAUGAACUUGAUGAUGAUGAUACUAUUUCUGACUGGAAUUUAAGGAAAUGUUCUGCUGCUGCUCUAGAUGUCCUAGCUAAUGUAUUUCGUGAUGAACUUCUGCCACACAUCUUGCCACUGUUGAAGGAAUUGCUCUUCCACCCCGAGUGGGUAGUUAAAGAAUCUGGUAUCCUUGUUCUUGGUGCAAUUGCUGAAGGCUGCAUGCAGGGUAUGAUUCCAUAUCUUCCAGAGCUAAUCCCUCACCUUAUUCAGUGCCUCUCUGACAAAAAGGCUCUUGUGCGCUCCAUUACAUGCUGGACUCUUAGUCGCUAUGCACACUGGGUAGUUAGUCAACCCCCAGACACAUACUUGAAGCCAUUAAUGACUGAGUUGCUAAAGCGUAUCUUGGAUAGCAACAAGAGAGUACAAGAAGCUGCCUGCAGUGCCUUUGCUACUCUAGAAGAGGAGGCUUGUACAGAGCUUGUUCCUUAUCUUGCAUAUAUACUUGACACUUUGGUCUUCGCAUUUAGUAAAUACCAGCAUAAAAACCUGCUCAUUCUUUAUGAUGCUAUAGGAACCCUAGCAGAUUCUGUAGGACAUCAUCUAAAUAAACCAGAAUAUAUUCAGAUGCUAAUGCCUCCAUUAAUCCAGAAGUGGAACAUGCUGAAGGAUGAAGAUAAAGAUCUUUUCCCUUUAUUAGAGUGCCUGUCGUCAGUUGCUACUGCCUUGCAAUCUGGCUUUCUUCCAUACUGUGAACCUGUGUACCAGCGUUGUGUAAAUCUGGUGCAGAAGACACUUGCACAAGCCAUGUUGCAUAAUGCUCAGCCAGACCAAUAUGAGGCUCCAGAUAAAGAUUUUAUGAUUGUGGCUCUUGAUUUACUCAGUGGUUUAGCUGAAGGACUUGGAGGCAACAUUGAACAGCUAGUGGCUCGCAGCAAUAUCCUGACACUAAUGUAUCAAUGCAUGCAGGACAAAAUGCCUGAGGUGCGGCAGAGUUCUUUUGCAUUGUUAGGUGACCUGACAAAGGCAUGUUUUCAGCAUGUCAAACCUUGCAUCGCUGAUUUCAUGCCAAUUUUGGGAACCAACCUAAAUCCUGAAUUCAUUUCUGUGUGUAACAAUGCCACCUGGGCAAUUGGAGAAAUCUCUAUUCAGAUGGGUAUAGAAAUGCAGCCUUAUAUUCCAAUGGUCUUGCACCAGCUUGUAGAAAUAAUUAACAGACCCAACACACCAAAGACGUUGUUAGAGAACACAGCAAUAACAAUUGGUCGUCUUGGUUACGUUUGUCCUCAAGAGGUGGCCCCCAUGCUACAGCAGUUUAUAAGACCCUGGUGUACCUCUCUGCGAAACAUAAGAGACAAUGAGGAAAAGGAUUCAGCGUUCCGUGGGAUAUGUACCAUGAUUACGGUCAACCCCAGUGGAGUAGUCCAAGACUUUAUUUUUUUUUGUGAUGCUGUUGCAUCGUGGAUUAGCCCAAAAGAUGAUCUUCGAGACAUGUUCUGUAAGAUUCUUCAUGGAUUUAAAAAUCAAGUUGGGGAUGAGAAUUGGAGGCGUUUCUCUGACCAGUUUCCUCUUCCCUUAAAAGAGCGCCUUGCAGCUUACUAUGGAGUUUAACCUCAUGCACUGUAGCUGCAGUCCCAUAAUUAGAGGUCCUUCAGUCUGGGAGACUAUGAGGGAGCCUCUGCACCCAGGGAAAAUGUUACCCUUUACUGGGGGGAAGGGUAAACCAGUAGGGAAUACAGUACAAUCCCAACCCUACUGGGAGGGGCGGGAGGGAGGUGUUGCCGUCACUGUAUUAAGUCGAUGUUGGGAAAUGUUUUAACAUCUGGAGCCUUUGUGGGUGGAAAUCUGUCUCCUAUUACACCUCUGCACUGGAUGUGAAGAAGAAAAAAAAAAAAGAAUCUAGUCACAAAACAGCACAUUCUGGAAUAUUGUGGGGAUUUGUACCAAAAUAAGAAACCAUAUAAUUGAACUAUAGGGAUACGUAAAGAGGAAAAAUAUUUUGCGCACAAUAAAGGAAACCUAAGAAUGGGGGUCACAAACAGUAAAAGGCUUUCUUUUUUGUUUUCUGUUUUUUUAAGUAAGGGUUUUCUACAUUAUUUCAUCCUGCUUGAUGGGAUUCCUAGGUAUUUGCAUGUUAAUGAAGAACUACACAAACGAAGUUAGUACAGUUAAAAUGCAGCUUGUGUCUGUAUUAGGAACAGGCACUUGUGGUGUACAGUAUAGAAACCCCAUCGUAAAAUAAUAAAGGUUAACUUGGACAAAAUGAAGCAACCUGCAAGCUGCCAAAUAAGUCACUCCUUUCAUUUUUGGGGUAAGGAGAGGGACACUGCAAAGGAAAGAUUGACAUCUUAAUUUUUGCAUUAAGAAAAACAACCAAGGUAGUGGAUAUGAUUUUAUUAUUGUACUUUGUUAGUUUUGAUUUCUAGAGUAAGGAAUUAUUCUUAACUUGCAGUUUAAGGUUCAGGCAUGCGUUCUGGCUCAUAGUGAUCAGAAGUAAUUUUAAUUAGUGGGAAAGUAGCAUGCUUGCAUCAAAUAGAGUGAAAUUGGUAUACAUUUACCUAUGUUGCGCCAGUUUUGUGUUGCAGUUUACCAAUUCAAUAUAGCCCUGCAUUUAAAAUUCCUUUUUAAGAUUCAGUGGAAUUUAUUUUUAUUAAGAAUAUAGAUAUAAAGUACUGUAGUUAACAAUUAGGCCUUGAAAUACCUUUUUAGGAUCUGUUAAGAUUAAGAUUGAUAUUGUAUUGUGUGUAACCUGCACAAUGUGGAAAGCUGAUAUAGCUGUGCAAAAUAUUUGCCUCUGUGCUGUCAGUGUGAUGUGCUUUCUGCAUGGUUAUAUACUAGUGAUUUUAUCAGAAUCUCUAAAAUGAGUUACAUGGUAAGACCCGUUAAAGGCUGCAUAAAUGUUAGUUGGCACGUAAAGACAAUUGUAGAAGUUGAUGACAAGAUUGCUAUAUUUGUGUUUAUUCCCACUCAACGUAUUACCUUCUAUGCUUUCUUUUUGUUCAAAGCAUGAUCUUAAAGAGAUGUUUUAGUUAAUGGAUGUAAUGCAGGGUAUCUACACUGUAUCGGCGCAUGUUGGUGGCCCUUUGUGAUGUAAUUAUAUGCACAAGGGUGCAAGUUUAAAGCUACAGAGUGAAAGUUGGUUUGGAUCCUCUUCAUUUCAUUUGUUUAGCUUUUCUGUUGUGUUUUUUUUUCUCUACUUACAUGUAUUCCUGUGAAUAAAUCCUUGUUAAGUUAACUCUUUA